ACAGCUGGGCUGACAUGCUGCCUUCUCUGUGGAUACUGAUGGGGAGCCUGGUCCUGGCAGGAUGCAGACCCAACUCAAGGGACAUCAGCAAAGGCGUGGACUGGCUCGCGAGAUACGGGUACCUUCCAGCACCAGACCCUUAUUCGGCUCAGCAGAGGACAAAAGAGGGUCUGCAGGAGGCUGUGAGAACAAUGCAGAGAUUUGCUGGCCUGAGAGAAACUGGAGAGCUGGAUGAUGAGACCAUCAGAAUGAUGCAGAAACCUCGUUGCUCACUUCCUGACAUUAUACUGAGACCAGAAUUUAUGGGGCGCCGCAGGAAGAGAUACGUACUGAGCGGCUCUGUGUGGCCAAAGAAGAAGCUGACAUGGAGGGUGGACAGUUUCCCUGUCUCUCUCACACAAGACCUCACCCGAGCAUUGCUCAGCAGAGCUCUAUUUGUGUGGGGCCAGGAGACCCAGCUCAGCUUCUCAGAGACCAGUGGUGAAGCUGACCUGCGUGUGGGCUUUGUGGAUGGUUCCCAUGGAGAUGGAUAUCCAUUUGAUGGUCCUGGGGGAACACUUGGCCAUGCCUUCUACCCAGGUGGACCCAGUUCUGGAGACACACACAUGGAUGCUGACGAGUCCUGGACAUAUAAUGAUGACAAGGGCACAGACCUCUUUGCUGUGGCAGUUCAUGAAUUUGGGCACAGCCUUGGUCUGUCUCAUUCCUCAGCUGAGAAUUCUAUCAUGAUGCCUUAUUACCAGGGUACUGUGGGGGAUCCUGGACGCUACAGAUUGCCCCCUGAUGAUGUGAUGGGUAUCCAGACUCUGUACGGUAAAAAGGUUUCAUCUCCUGAAGCAAAGCCACCUCAUCCAAUACCAACCCAUUAUAUUCCUCCACGUGGGCCCACAUACCAGCCACGGUUACCAUUCCCAGACCGCUGCACCACUCAUUUCGAUGCCAUUGCUAAUAUCCGUGGGGAGGUUUUUUUCUUUAAAAACAGGUUCUUCUGGAGAGUUCAGUCUACCAGGCAGUUAGUUUCCCUUGCUCCGGCCCACCUUCAUCGAUUUUGGCUGGGGCUCCCGUCGGACUUACCGAAAGUGGAUGCUGUGUAUGAGCGAAUUAAUGACAGCAAGAUAAUAUUCAUCUCAGGGAGUCGGUAUUGGGUGUUUAAAGACACCCUGGUGGAGCCGGGAUACCCACGAGCACUUACAGAUUUUGGACUGAAUACCGAUAGCAUAGAUGGUGCUUUUGUUUGGCCAGGAAACAAGAAAACGUAUUUCUUCCGCAACAAUCAGUUUUGGAGAUUAGAUGAGAAGACUGGAAGACCAGACUCAGGAUACCCAAAGAAUGGCGAGCUCUGGAAAGGAGUGCCCCCUAAUGUAGAUGAUGUCAUAAGCUGGACAAAUGACACCACCUAUUUCUUCAAGGCAUCGCAGUACUGGAAGUUUAGAAAAGGUAGUUUUGACGCAGAGCCAGGAUAUCCUCGCAGCACAGCGCUCAACUGGAUGUACUGCCCAAUGGAAAGCCCCAAUACGCCCACUUAUGCCCCGGAGGGACGAGGGCAAAGGGACUGCAUUUGUAAAUGUAAUGUAGAAAAUUCAGCAACACAAAAUGACGCAGCUUUGAGCAAGUGGCUCAUUCUCCACCUUCUUCUGCACAUUCUUUGGCGUCUCAGCUGAUGUUGGACAUUGUGGGACAGUAGAUGCAGGUGCCGCAGGCAAGAUACCGUGCUCAUGUAGCUCCCUUAUGGAAUAAGAGUAUAAGCAAUGCAUGUGGGGUCUGGGGCCCUUUUCCCCCAGUAACACACAGGGGUACGAGCAAGUGAUGCAACUGAAGGCAGAGCGAUGGGAAACAGAAGAAAUGACAAAGCCCAACAGUCUAUAUUGCUACAAUCCAACAUCAUCCGACCAGCCACGUGGGUUUGCCCGAUCUUUUAUUGACAGAAAGAUUUUUUUUUUUGCUGUACAGAUUACAAAAACAAAAAAAAUAAAACACAAAAAACCCAAGAA